CGGGCGCCCAUGGCGUUCGCGCUGCUGCGCCCCGUCGGCGCGCACGUGCUGUAUCCCGACGUGCGGCUGCUAAGCGAGGACGAGGAGAACCGCAGUGAGAGCGACGCGUCCGACCAGUCGUUCGGCUGCUGUGAAGGCCUGGAGGCGGCGCGUCGCGGCCCGGGUCCCGGGGGCGGCCGGCGGGCGAGCGGCGGCGCGGGCCCCGUGGUGGUGGUGCGCCAGCGGCAGGCGGCCAACGCGCGCGAGAGGGACCGCACGCAGAGCGUCAACACGGCCUUCACCGCCCUGCGCACGCUCAUCCCCACUGAGCCGGUGGACCGCAAGCUAUCCAAGAUCGAGACGUUGCGCUUGGCAUCCAGCUACAUUGCGCACCUGGCCAACGUGCUGCUGCUUGGCGAAGCGGCGGACGACGGGCAGCCUUGCUUCCGUGCGGCGGGCGCUGCCAAGAGCGCGGUCCCCGCCGCCGACGGCCGCCAACCGCGCUCCAUCUGCACCUUCUGUCUCAGCAACCAGCGCAAGGGGGGCAGCCGUCGUGAUUUGGGGGGCAGCUGCUUGAAAGUGAGGGGGGUACCGCCCCUCCGAGGGCCUCGGCGAUGAGCCUGGGUCCCUGCAGUGUUUACUCCAGGCAGAAUCCAAGAGAAAGAGACCAGGAGCCAUCACCUGGCUGGACAAGGGAGAAGAGUCCAGAAGCCAAAACCACUCCUGCCUUGUGUAGGGACUAACGGACAAUGGCCUGGACACAGGACCCUCAGGACAUCUCUGGCCCACCCUUGAGAGCCGUGAGGACCCAUCUAGCUAUCCAGGCCAAGCUGACCAGGGGCGAGGCAGAACUGUUGGAAAACCAAAGACUACUGGUGACAGAGGGUGUGUGUGUGUCUGUGUGUGAGUGUGGUGUGUGAGAGAAUUGGUGGAGUUAAAAUAAAAGUAUUUUUAAAUAAAAA